GUCCACACCCCUGCGCAACUACUCUUACACACAUGCUAGUAGCAUUUACCUUCAGCCGCUUCGAUGAGAACUGGAGUGCUCCUGGGGUUAUCUCUGAGGGAGAUUUUGGUGCAUUCUGGCUUUGAUGAGCCAUCAUGAAAAGGAGACUUUCUGGCUAUAAAAUGCUUUGUAUUUUGGGAUGGAAAUUAUCUUAGACUGCACCACUAUUUGGAAGAUUAAUAAGGAGUGGCUGUUUGGGUGUUUCUCAACACUUGGAGUGUCAGAGCAAUAAUGGACCUAACUUUGUGGCAGUACCAGUUCAGGUUCAUAAUGCUGGGGGACUCCACUGUGGGUAAAUCAUCCCUCCUGAAGCGAUACACCGAGGACUUGUUCCUAGAGUCAAUCAACCAAACUGUGGGUGUAGAUUUUUAUGUUCACUUCCUGGAGGUAGAGCCGGGGGUCCGGGUCAAGCUGCAGUUCUGGGACACUGCUGGGCAGGAGAGGUUCAGAUCAGUGACCCGUUCUUAUUAUCGGAACUCAGUCGGAGGCCUGCUGGUGUUUGACAUCACCAGCCGGUCAUCCUUUGACCAUAUAAAGGAGUGGCACGCUGAGGUGUGCGAGCGAGUGCAGCCACAGAAGGUUCUGUUUGUCCUGGUAGGUCAGAAGAUUGACCGGGACACUCACGAGGAGAGAGCAGUGAGCCAGGAAGAGGCCCAGAAACUGGCCGGACAGCUGGGGAUGCCCUACGUUGAGGCUUCAGCAAAGACAGGACAAAACGUGAGGGAGUCAUUCGAGCUCCUCACUCGACGGGUCUACCAGGGUCUGCUGAGUGGGGAAAUAGAACUGCAGGAGGGCUGGGAUGGUGUCAAGUGUGUUGCCCCACAGGCACUGCAGUUACAAAGAAACAGUGUGUCUAAAGCCAGCUCACCAACCAAGAACAAAAACAAGUGCUGUGGGUAAAUACUGGACUGAUGCUCUCGUCAGAGUGAAACCCCCUGCUGGGCAAGUUGGAUUUAUGGUGGCGAUGUAAUGUAUGACCACCCUAAAAGACACUCAAAAUACAUAUUUUUCAUUUCUAUUGUGUGGAAUUGUGUAUAAUUUUGUAAAAUAUGUCUUAACAUUGAAUCUAAACACAAUAAAAGCUACAAUGAUA